UUGGAAAAAUAACCAGAGCAGGGAGGCAGCAGGGGAGACGCCUGCAGGGCUCUUCUGGUGAAACCCAGUCUGCCCUUCCAGACAAAGUUGCCUGCUCUCCUGCCCUGAAUGUUUCCCCAAAGAUGAAGCACUGUCAGCUGUGGGACUGCCUCCAGGGUCACUAUGCUGUCUGCUCACCAGUGGGGCUGGAGAAGGAGCAAGAUAAAGAUCAUCAGCAAUAAGCUUGUUCAUUUUGGUGGGAUUUACAGGAGAAUUUCUAGCUUUUUCCAGAGCCUCCUCUCCAGUCAACUGCCAGUGGGACUCCUAUGGCCCGUGGUCAGAAUGCAGUGGUUGUACAAAGACUCAGGCGUUCAGUUGCUGUUUACGGGCAGUUUGGGGGCCACCCGUGUGUCGGAAGUGCUUUUGAAACACAAUCCUGUGAACCUACCCGAGGCUGUCCAACAGAAGAGGGCUGUGGAGAACGUUUUAGGUGUUUUUCAGGUCAGUGCAUCAGUAAAUCACUAGUUUGCAAUGGGGAUUCUGACUGUGAAGAAGAUAGUGCUGAUGAAGACAGAUGUGAGGACUUAGAAGGCAGACCUUCCUGUGACAUUGAUAAGCCUCCUCCCAACAUAGAACUCACUGGCAAUGGUUACAAUGCACUUACUGGCCAGUUUAGGAACAGAGUCAUCAACACCAAAAGUUUUGGUGGUCAGUGCAGAAAAGUGUUCAGUGGGGAUGGAAACGAUUUCUACAGGCUGAGUGGAAAUGUCCUCUCCUAUACAUUUCAGGUCAAAAUAAAUAAUGAUUUUAAUUAUGAAUUUUACAACAGUAGCUGGUCUUAUGUCAAGCACACAACAACAGGGCAUACAUCGUCUAGUUCAAGGCAUUUCUUUUUUAGCUCUUCAUCAUCAAAUCAGCACCACUAUACUUCAAAUACCGAAAAAAACUACAUGAAAAAGAGUUAUAAGUUGUUGGUUGUUCAGAACAGUGUUGAAGUAGCUCAGUUCAUUAAUAACAAUCCUGAGUUCUUACAACUUGCUGAGCCUUUCUGGAAGGAACUCUCCCAUCUUCCCUCUCUGUAUGACUACAGUGCCUACCGAAGACUAAUUGACCAGUAUGGGACACAUUAUCUGCAGUCUGGGUCAUUAGGAGGAGAAUACAGAGUUCUGUUUUACGUGGAUUCAGGAAAUACCAAACACAGUGGUUUUGGUUCAGAACAGCAGAAGGGAUGCACUUCCUCAGAUUUCUGGUUUCUCUUUAAGUCAUCAAAACAGAAAUGCAAGGAACUGGAAGACGCUAGGAAAUCAGCUUCAGGAACUGAAGGCAAUAUAAUUCGAGGAGUCCCAUUUGUCAGAGGGGGUGGUUCAGGCUUUGUAUCUAGCCUUAGUUUCUUAGAGCUAGACAAUCCUGCUGGAAACCAGCACCGGUAUUCAGCCUGGGCUAAAUCUGUAACUAAUCUUCCUCAAGUCAUAAAACAAAAGCUGAUGCCGUUAUAUGAACUGGUCAAGGAAGUGCCUUGUGCCUCUGUGAAAAGACUGUACCUGAAACGGGCCCUUGAGGAGUAUCUGGAUGAAUUCGACCCCUGCCAUUGCCAGCCUUGCCAAAACGGUGGCCUAACUACUGUUGGGGGGACACAGUGCCAGUGCCACUGCAAACCGUACACAUUUGGUGUGGCAUGUGAGCAAGGAGUCCUAGUGGGGAAUCAAGCAGGAGGAGUUGAUGGAAGUUGGAGCUGCUGGUCCUCUUGGGGACCCUGUGUUCAAGGGAAGAAAACAAGGAGCAGAGAAUGCAAUAAUCCCCCUCCUAGUGGGGGUGGAAAGACUUGUAUUGGAGAAACAACAGAAAGCAGGCAAUGUGAAGACCAGGAUCUGGAGAAUUUACGAUUACUGGAACCACAUUGCUUUCCUUUGUCUCUGGUUCCAAAAGAAUUCUGCUCACCACCUCCUGCCUUAAAAGAUGGAUUUGUUCAAGAUGAAGGUACCAUGUUUCCUGUUGGGAAAAACAUAAUAUAUACUUGCAAUGAAGGAUAUUCUCUUAUUGGAGACCCAGUUGCCAGAUGUGGAGAAGAUUUACAGUGGCUUCUUGGGAAAAUGCAUUGUCAGAAAAUCGUGUGCACGCUGCCUGUACUGACAAAAGGCAUGCAGAGUCACCCCCAGAAAGCUUUCUACACAGUUGGUGAGAAGGUGACCCUUUCCUGUGCAGGUGGCCUGACCUUAGAAGGCCCUUCAGCAUUUCUCUGCGGCUCCAGCCUCAAGUGGAGUCCUGACAUGAAGAACACCCAGUGUGUGCAGAAAGAAACCACUUUAACACCAACAGUGCCUGAGUGUCAGCUCUGGGAGAAACUGCAGAAUUCAAAAUGUGUUUGUAAAAUGCCCUAUGAAUGUGGAUCUUCCUUGGAUGUAUGUGCUAGAGACAAGAGAACCAAAAAGGUACUGCCUCUGACAGUUUGCAAGAUGCAUGUUCUCUACUGCCAGGGGAGAAAUUACACUCUUGCUGUUAAGGACAGCUGUACUCUGCCUGUCUCAGCUGAGAAAGCUUGUGGUGCUUGUCCACUGUGGGAAAAGUGUGAUGCUCAAAGCAGCAAAUGUGUCUGCAAAGAAGCAUCAGAGUGCCAGAAAGAAGGGUUUAGCAUCUGUGUGGAAGUGAACGGCAAGGAGCAGACAAUGUCUGAGUGCGAGGCAGGUGCCUUGAGAUGCAGAGGGCAGAGCAUCUCCAUCACUGGCAUAGAACCCUGUGCCACAGAAGCCCAGUAGGCUCCGGGGGGCCUUGGUCAUCUUUGUUCAGAAUCCAGUGGGAAUCUGGUUCUAAGCUAAAGCAUCUGCGUAACUGGGCACUUAGACCACUUUUCUAACACCAAGGCUAUUCUUUCUCCUUCCUCUCUGAGCCCCUGUAUUCUGCCGCUUGUGUAAACAAACCCUUUGUUUUCCUAAA